UACAGUCUGAGACACAAACAGAUGGAACAAACAGGGACAAACAACAGAAAAAAUUAGUGGGAGAAAACAGUGGAAACACAAUCUGAUCUGCUGAGGAAACUAUCACCGUUUUGGUUUUAGAAGCAUUUGAUGUUCUGCUUGGCAAACUGACUAAAACUGUGUUAGCCAGGGUUGUACAGAACAGAAGAAAAUGGCAGAGCUGGCUUUAAGACACCUGAAAGGGCAGGAAGAGGGUCUGCGGUUUAAUACUCUUCUCUUGAAGUCGCCCAUAGAGCUGGGUGUUGCUCAGUGUUGCUUUGUGUGUGUUGGCUGUCAGAAACUCUAAAAGUAUCAGUCCUCAGCAGUGAAUCUAUUUAGAAUGAUGAAGCUUCUUCUGAGCAGUUUGCUACUCACGACUCUCUGUGGCUGCUUAUGUUGGAGUGUGUCAUUAGACACACUUGCUGUGAUCCAGAGUCCUGAUGUUUCCGUCAUGGAGGGGGAGAUGGUAAACAUCACCUGCUGCUGGACUGAGAAGAUCGAAAGAGUGACGGUGCGCUGGCUGAAGAAUGGAACCAUAAUCAAGAAGCAAAUCUGGCAGAAUAAAACUCAAGGAUCUCUGAAAAAGGACGCAAAUGACUGUUUACGUCUGAUUUUUCCAAACAUCACAAGAAAUGAUUCAGGGAGAUACAUCUGCAGAGUGUUUGUGGACAUACCAAUUCAAGUGGACCGAAAUGGAACUGGUACAUUGGUCACAGUUGUGGCCUUAGAGAGCACAGAUUAUGACUCAGAUGACCACAACGUUGACGAUGCUGUCCUUCCAGAAGUGUACAUUUACUUAGUGAGGUGUCUGCCCAUCCUCUUCCUUGUCACACCCCUCUGCUGCCUCUUCUUCUAUUUAAGGACUAAAGCUCAGAAGAACACACCAGGUUUGACUAGAUCCAAUCCCAGAUCGGUCCAAAGACGAGAGGAAGAUGAAGACGAAGGAUAAGGAGAUGAGAGAGUGAUACAAGCAGCAUGUAGAAAAUGUGGCUGUGGUUGUUUCCAAUUGUGCCAGUUAUAAUGUGUUAUAAUUUUAGGCCAUUUCUCACUGUGGGAACUUGUAGGCCAUUUUCUUGCAGCCUGAAUUUUCAAGUAUGUGCUUAAUGCAAGAGCCAACCUUGUAAAAUCUCUAUCAGAUACAUUCUUGAGGCAGAAGAAGGUAACUGGGUGGGUACAAACACUGACUGGUUAAACAUUUUGAGAGGACUGUGAGUGCCAGUUUUCUUGCUGGAACUCGGAUAGAAGAUUGAGACACAUGAGAUCCUUGCGUUGUACUCAAAUAUCAAUAAAUACCUUGAAGCUGGACAUAAACAAGGCUUAUUUUUGUAAUUCCUUUGUAUUUA